GAGCUAAUUGAGAUCACCAUCAACGGCACUGCUGAGAUGCAACGGGCACCGCUUUCGUUAUCUUUAUCUGAAGAGCAAUGCAUCACCAUAUGAUAGUGAUGUUACAACGCUGUGUAUUUGCAAAAUAACGGCGCAGAAUCGCAGCAGCAUGCACCUUGGACGUCCCUGGAGACGCACACGUUCGGGUGACCAUCGUCGCGACACAUUCAUGCGGUAGGCAUGUCUCUUUCCGAACUUUACAAUAUACGCAAGGUGCUGCGCAAUGAUAGUGAGAGGGAAGGUGCUGGGUCUGGCCUCUCAGACGGAAAGCUCGCAGGCGCGCAAGGCCUCAGGGGCAGAGUUUGUAUCUUCUGCCGCAAGCAAGAUGCUAGGUACAUUUGUCCAUCAUGCAAUGCAGCGUACUGCUCCAAAACGUGCUACUUGUCGAAGCGACACGCAUCCUGCUCUGCUGCGUUCGCACAACGCUCCCUAGUAGAAUAUCGGGACAGGCUGGCUGUGCAUGGCGGCAGUACGACAGCUGCACUCACCCGCGACAGCAUUGAUGAUCUUCAAAAUGCCCAAGCUGCAGCUGCGCGGAAGGAGAUGAUGAAAACUCUGAGAAAGCUGGAAGAACUGGGCCUUGACACCGAGCAAAGCGCUGAGAAUGACUCAGCCUCCGAGAGUGACAAGGAAGGGCCAGGCCUGGAUGAUGGUCUCACACAGCAGCUUGCUCAAACAAACAAGGUGGAUGAGCUGCUAGCCUUCCUCACGCCAGAGGAACAAGAGUCAUUUCAUCGAAUGUUGCGUGAUCCGCAGAGCAGAGAGCGGCUCAUGUCCGACUUGACAAUCGAGGCGCACCACGUCAUUUCAAGCACAAUGUCCAAUGCUUCAUUUGAGAGGUCGCCCUCCGCAGGCAAGACUCGUACCCUGGACACUUGGCUUGCCGAGCCGUGGUGGGCGCUCACCGGCGAGUCGGGCAGCCCCUUGCGAUCGUGUCUCCUUUCCACCCUUAACAUCCCUGAAGGCGAGCCUACCUGUCUUCGGGAGUCUUUGGCUCAAGAAUUCUCUGCAAGUGCAGCAAAGCUUAUCUCGAAGAUGCGGUCGACACUGCAAGCUGGAUCCAUGAUGAAGAUUAGAGACCUGCGAUAUAAUCUGUUAAGCGUAAUACUUUCUUAUGCGUACAUAGUCCGACACCUGGCGGUGCCCAGUUUAUCCAGCUUGUCCAAGCCAUUCGAUGAGGCAAGCAUGGAAGCACAAGAGCAAGCACAUGCAGCGUCGAUGCUCUUAGAUCGUCUGGCACCAUUCUUGACGCGUGUCGCGCUCCCACAAGCCCCCAGUGGCCUCCUUGACGACAAUCAGCACCUCGCCUCUACCGUACUCGAGAGCGCCGAGGAUAGCACUCUCUGGUUUCUGGCUCGCUUAGGACCAGAUGAUGCUGGAAGAGAGCCUGCGAAGCUUCUUCUUGCGGUUACCAAAGACGCACAAAAACUCCUUUCUCCUAGUGCGAUUUCAAUAGCAUCCAUUGCCUCCACUGGCGAACCGACGGAUGCAGCGGCAGAUUCUUCCAACGAGCGACGAUUCCUUAACCAGUAUUUUCAUUGCCGGAUCCUUAUUGCAGCCAUCUUCGACCUUUGGAUGGCCAUCGAGCCUAUGGUCCAGCAGACUGGUUCCCAAUCAGCGAGCAAGGCUCGAAAGCACACAGCCGCCACGCGCUCCAAGCUUUUGCUCUACUUGGCACAGUAUCUCGCAACAUUCACUGCGUCGGAGAGAGAGAACUUUAAUGAGGAACUAGCGGCGGAAACGACACGAUUGGAUAUGGAGCUCGAAGAUGCAGAGUUGCAAAAUGAGGUCAAGGCGAAAGAGCAUUUUGAGAUGGAGCAAGCGCAGCUAGGCGCGCGGGGCUUGGAGCAACAGUCACCUCCCUUGGUGCCCGGACCGCAAGCUGACGCACCCUCGGCUCAGGGUGAAUUAUCGCAUUUAUGCCGUGAAGCAGGCCAACGGCAAUCGGAGCCGGGGCCGAUGAUCGAGGUUUUGGACGUCCAGGACAGCGCUAGCCAGCUUGUUGCAGGCGAGGACUCUUCGAUGACAUAUGCGGAGGUGCCGCAGAAGAUGCCAAACUUCAAACAACUCAAACAGCAGCGCGGUCGCGGCGCUCAGAGGCUACAAUGAAAAACACAACCUGCCAGAGAUGUGGCACAGAAGUUAGAUGUCAGUAGAUGCCCUUUCGCAUAAAGAGUCGGAAAACCUGGAUUUUGCGCAAACUUAGAAUCAUUUUGCGCACGCGAGUCCGAAAGCCAUUGUACUCAACAUUAAAGCCCAUCAUCGUUUCUGCCCUGGUACCAACAUUUC